AUGUCUCAUGGUACCACAACCCUGGCCUUCAUGUUCCAGGGGGGAGUGAUAGCUGCAGCAGACACACGGUCCAGCUGCAAUGGGCUUGUGGCCUGCCCAGCCUCCCAGAAGAUCCUGCCUGUCCACUCCCACUUGGUGGGCACCACCUCGGGCACAUCCGCCGACUGUGCCCUAUGGAAGAGGAUCCUGGCUCGGGAGCUCCGGCUUUACCAGCUCCGCCAUGGCAGAAGGCUGUCCACAGCUGGCGCUGCCAAGCUACUAGCCCACAUGCUGCACCCGUUUAAGGGCACUGAGCUGUGUGUGGCAGCCACCUUGUGUGGUUGGGACGGAGUGCUCUCUGGCCCCAGCUUGUACUACGUCUGCAGUGACGGGACUCGCCUGCAGGGAGCGCUGUUCUCUGUGGGCUCUGGCUCGCCCUAUGCCUACUCUGUGCUGGACGGAGGGGUACGGUGGGGGCUGACGGUGGAGGAGGCCAUCUCACUGGCCAGAGAGGCUGUGUACAGGGCCACACACAGGGAUGCAUACUCUGGGAACUGUGUCGAUGUGUACCAUAUCACCUCACAUGGGUGGACUCGCAGGGACAGAGAGGAACUGAGAGAGGAACAACCACGGGGAGUCUACGGUAAGGCUCAUAGAGGUUGUGAAGGAGGCUCCUCUCCUCUGGGGUCGGCCCAGGCUGCAGGGCUGGAUGAGGAUGUGCGGGCCCUGUCCACAUGA